AUGACGGGGAAGAUGACAAACCAACAAAGAUUCGAUUGGUAUGACCAACAACUCGGAGAACUUGCAGGAGUGCCGGAUAGGUUGAUUGAUAUCACUAAUGUGUUGGACCGCGUCGACCUAGAUGAGUUGGCGGCGCGGAUGAUAGAGGUGGAGAGCCUGAAGGACCGAGUUGUGGCCCUUGAAAAUUGGAAAGCUCGAGGUAGCGGAAGGGAGAGAAAUGAGGAAGAAGCUCCUGUUCCGAACGAGCAAAUGGGGGCGAUGAGUGAUGCCCUUGACACACUCCAGGUGGCCGUGGACAAUAUGGCAGAAGAUGUCCGAGUCACCAUUGAUGCUUUUAGAAACGAGCUGGUGGAGAUGAAUACCAAGCUCAACCUAACCAUCCGUGCGAUGGGAAACCAACCUGUGACGGACUACAGGAAGGUAAAGAUACCAGAACCUCAAGCUUUUGGAGGGGCGCGAGAUGCCAAGGAGCUUGAGAAUUACUUAUUUGAUAUGGAGCAAUACUUCCGAGCAGUGAAGCCAGACUCGGAAGAGGUGAAGGUGAACAUGGUGACAAUGUAUUUGGCAGGAGAUGCUAAACUAUGGUGGAGGACCAAGUAUAAUGACAUACAAAGAGGGGUAUGCACCAUUGACACCUGGGAGGAUCUUAAGAAGGAGCUCAAAGUUCAAUUCUUCCCCGAGAAUGUAGAGUACAUUGCUAGAAGGCAACUAAGGGAGCUCAAGCACACCAACAACAUCCGAGACUUUGUAAACAAGUUCUCGGUGCUCAUGCUUGACAUCCCGGACAUGUCAGAGAAGGAUCGGCUGUUUUAUUUCCUGGAAGGCUUAAAGUCAUGGGCGAGGACCGAACUUCAACGGCAGAGAGUCCAAGAUUUGGCCUCCGCACAGGCUGCUGCUGAAAGGUUGACGGACUACACAUUCGAAGAGAACUCUACUAAGAAGACUCAGUCGUUUUCGAAUGUGAAUGUCAACAGAAAUGUAAGGCCUGGACCGAGUAGAAGUGGGGGAGCGGAGUCCAAGUUUUCCAACUCAGGAGGAGGGGACAGGAGAGUAGUGAAUGCGAGGGACACGGCAACGUCCAAGCCUGUUGCCUCGACAGGGGUCUUCACCCCUCGACCCUUUAAUCCCUCAGGCUAUGCUCCAAAGCCACUAGCAUGCUUCUUAUGCAGAGGACCGCAUAGAGUGAAUGAGUGCCCUCAUAAGACCGCCCUCUCUGCCCUACAGGCUCAUAUUCACUCGAAAGAAAUGGAAGAUCAGCAAGAGCCAGAGGAGGAACCUGGUCACAUGGGAGCUCUAAGAUUCUUGGGUGCGGUGGAGAAGCGACCACAAUCACCUAAGAAGUCCCAGGCUAAAGGCUUGAUGUUCAUAGAUGGUAGUAUUAAUGGAAAGGUAGCCAAGAGCGUGAUGGUUGACACAGGGGCCACUCACAACUUUGUGUCAGAACCUGAAGCACGGAGGUUGGGGCUGAAGUUGGAGAAGGAUGUUGGCCGCAUGAAAGCUGUGAACUCUAAGGCCUCACCUACAACUGGACUAUCUCGAGGGGUAUCACUCAAGUUGGGUCACUGGCAAGGGAAGACUGACCUCGUAGUUGUCCAGAUGGACGACUUUGAUGUCAUAUUGGGGAUGGAGUUCUUGUUGGCGAACAAAGCUAUUCCCAUUCCUAGUGCCCAACACUUACCUAUUAUGGGAGAAAGGCCGUGUGUGGUUCCAGCAAGAAUCGAGCAACCAAGUGAACCCCGUCUCUUGUCCGCCCUCCAGUUCAAGAAAGGCGUGAAGCGUCAUGAGCCUACCUAUGUAGCAGUUCCUUUGAUAAAGGAUGAGACUAAAGGAGAAGUGAUUCCGAAGGAGAUUGAAGGGGUAUUGGAGAGCUAUGUAGAUGUGAUGCCUCCUGAACUUCCCAAAGAAUUACCUCCAAGGAGGAGUGUGGACCAUGAGAUCGAACUGCUUCCGGGGGCCAAACCACCUGCAAAGGCACCUUACAGAAUGGCGCCCCCAGAACUGGCGGAACUUCGAAAGCAGCUCGAAGACCUGCUCAAGGCGGGAUUCAUUAGGCCAUCUAAAGCCCCCUUUGGUGCACCUGUGUUGUUUCAAAGGAAGCACGAUGGAAGUUGGAGACUGUGUGUGGACUAUCGGGCUCUCAACAAAGUCACGGUGCGCAACAAGUACCCGAUCCCUCUGAUUGCAGAUCUGUUUGACCAACUCAGUGGUGCCAAAUAUUUCACAAAGCUAGACCUCCGCUCGGGGUACUAUCAAGUUCGCAUUGCAGAAGGAGAUGAACCCAAGACAACGUGCGUCACCCGUUAUGGCGCCUUUGAGUUCCUGGUGAUGCCGUUCGGGUUGACCAAUGCGCCAGCCACAUUCUGCACUUUGAUGAACCAAGUCUUCCACGAGUACUUAGAUAAGUUCGUGGUAGUGUACCUGGAUGACAUAGUGGUGUACAGCUCUACCCUAGAAGAACACGUAGAGCACUUGAAGUUGGUGUUCCAACGGUUGCAGGACAACCAGUUGUAUGUCAAGCGCGAAAAGUGCUCCUUCGCGCAAGUGACCAUCAAGUUUUUAGGUCACAUUAUUGAAAGGGGUCAAAUCAGGAUGGAUAUGGAGAAAGUAGAAGCCAUAAAGGAGUGGAGAAACCCCAAGAAUGUGAAAGAGCUACGUUCUUUCCUUGGGCUGGCCAAUUACUACCGACGUUUCAUUGAGAAUUACUCAAAGAAGACGACCCCCUUAACUGAACUCUUGAAGAAAGGAGUGACAUGGGACUGGAGUAGUAAUUGUGAGAAGGCCUUUCAAGAUUUGAAGAAGGCCGUGAUGGAAGAUCCGGUCCUUGCCUUACCCGACCUGAACCAGCCAUUUGAAGUCCAGACAGAUGCUUCUGACUUCGCCUUAGGAGGAGUCCUGCUGCAACAAGGGCACCCUGUUGCGUAUGAAAGUCAUAAACUCUCGGAAGCUGAGAGGAGGUACGCGGCUCAGGAGAAGGAGUUGCUAGCCGUAAUUCACUGUUUGAGGACGUGGCGACACUAUUUGCUGUGGUCAAAGUUCCUUGUGAAGACAGACAAUUCAGCCGUCAGCCACUUCCUGACCCAGCCGAAGUUAACCCCAAGGCAAGCUCGAUGGCAAGAGUUUCUCGCUGAGUUCGACUUCCAUUUCGAACACAAGGCUGGGCACACAAACCAAGUUGCUGAUGCUCUAAGUCGCAAGGCUGACCUUGCCACCCUCAAGGUGUUGGCCACUUUGUCGAGCAGCAUCAUUGCCAUAGACAUCAAGCAACGUAUCAAGGAGAUUCUGGAGAAGGAUUCCGUGGCGCAAUCCCUCAUGAAAAUGGUGAAGGAAGGGAAGAGCCGUCGGUUUUGGAUGGAGGAUGGCCUAUUGAUGGCCAAAGGAGGACGAGUGUUUGUUCCGCGAGCUGACGGACUGCGAAGAAUGCUUAUGAGGGAGUGUCACGACACCCUGUGGGCAGGUCACCCUGGAUGGCAGAGGACCCAUGCACUCCUCAAGCAGGGGUACUACUGGCCCCAGAUGCGAGACGAUGUCACGGAAUACACCAAGACUUGCCUGACAUGCCAGCAAGACAAGAUUGAGCGCCAAAAGACUCCAGGGCUGUUGGAACCACUGUCUAUUCCUACUCGCCCGUGGGAGAGUGUCUCCCUUGACUUUAUUACUAACCUCCCGAAGGUGGGAGACUUAUCAGGCAUCCUGGUUGUGGUUGACAGGUUUUCAAAGUAUGCCACCUUUGUGCCAACCCCAAAGUACUGUUCGGCGGAAGACACAGCAAGCCUCUUCUUCAAGCAUGUUGUAAUGUAUUGGGGUGUGCCUCAGAACAUAGUCAGCGAUCAAGACACUAGGUUCAAGGGAACAUUCUGGACCGAGCUAUUCAAGUUGCUCGGGUCUGAGCUCAACAUAUCUUCAAGUUAUCACCCACAGACUGAUGGGCAAACAGAAAGGUUCAACGGGAUGUUGGAGGAGUACUUGCGCCAUUUCGUUCAUGCCAACCAACAGAAUUGGGCGCAAUUGCUCGAUGUUGCACAAUUUUGUUUCAACUCGAAGAAGAGCUCAUCCACCAACAAGAGUGCUUUUGAAAUUGUCACUGGCCAACAGCCUCUCUUGCCGCAUACGGUGCAAGAAGUCUACAAAGGGGCGAAUCCGCGUGCUUUCAACUUCACAAAAGAGAAGUAUGAAGGACCGCUCCUCAUCAUUGCUAAAGUGGGGAAGUGCUCCUAUAAAGUCGAUAUUCCCGCCUGGAUGAGAGUUCACCCCGUCUUCCACGUCAGCAACCUCAAGCCGCACCAGCCAGACUGUGAAGAUCAAGCACGCAACCAGCCUGUUCGGGAGCACGUCGACAUCAGACCACCAAAGCCGAAAGAAGUGGAGGAGAUCCUAGCAGAGAGAGUGAUCCGAGUGUCAAGGCGCCCAUGCCAGCAGUUCCUGGUCAAGUGGAAGGGUCUUGGAGAUGAAGAAACCAGUUGGGAGAAUGCUGACGUCCUGACGAAGAAGUUCCAACAGAAGAUUGAAGACUUCAAGAUCAAGGCAGUCGUCGAGAGCGCCGACAGCUUAAGUGGGGGAGGAUGUUAG